AUGGUGGACAUCAAAAUAACAACGAAGUGACUGAUACUCAAAAUAAUGUCCAAACGAAAGAGAAAGCAAGUUUCUGGUUCUAAAAACUACUACCUUCARAAAAUUGAUGAACUCAGUAAGGAGAUAAGUGAACUUGAAGAGGAAUGUGAUCAACGAGAGAAAAAUCUGGCGCAAAAGUUCUCAUUGAAGACGCUUGACGAAGUUGUCAAAAAACUYUCACUCACAACAUCUACUGAUGCCACUCGUGAUUAUAAAAGUCAAUCUAACACAGAGGAAGAGAUUAAUUCAUUGUUGACGAUAAAGGAAAAGCUAGAGACUUUAACUGGSUUUGUAUUUGAAGAAGAUAAAGCUCUACUGGUUUCAUCAACAGAUGACAACAACAAUGAGACCACGAAGUGCUGGAGGCGGCUUUUGACUGGGAAAUGCUUAGAUUUGUCUUUUGAAGUUGAUUUUAUAACAGAGGAAAAACAAGUUUGUCCAGUUCAAGAUGGAGAUACCAAAGAGCAAGGCCAAAUUUCUGCCAAAAUAUCAAAGCUACAGGUCAAGAUUGAUGACCCUUUAGCAAAAGAUGAACUAGAAAUAUUUAUAUCUAAUGCUGAGCAAGAAAGAUCUCUUGGAACAGUGUUACAAGUGCUGUCGCAGUAUUCACAAUAUUACAGUUCCAGAUAUAAAACAUUUCAUCACUUUAACACAAAAUAUCCAGAGUAUGUCUGCUUUCUGAAUGGACCAAAAUGGAGUAAUUUUAUGGAACUACGUAAUGUAGAAAGAAAUGGUCURCAUUUCACAGUUUGUUGGGAGAUUCAUAUUGACAAGUUUGGUAAUGUUGUGCCACAAAUAGACGCCUUUGUUUGUAGUCCUGUCGAGGUUGAAGGGGCUGAUGAYGUAGUCAGUUCAACUCCAGAACAGUUUAGGAAGAUUUUAUCUCAAUUUGGUGUAGAAGAAGCAAUAGAAUUAUUGAUUAGCAUUGUAAAAGAGUAAAAUUACAUGUUUUUAUUUUGAUUACUGAUCACUAAAUGUACAAGCAUAUAAAGUAUUUCAAAAAAUAUUCAACAAAGUUUAAAAUAAUAACAUUUUUGAGUGUAAUAGAUUAGAACACUAGAUUAAUAAUGAUAAUAAUUUUGUUACUUACAAUGAAUAUGGUACAAAUUUGCGUGUGGAUA